CUUCGGCGGCGCGCGGAGGGUGGGACCAAGGCCUCGAGUUGGAUAGUUACGCCAUUCACACAUGGAGAAGUGCUAACUGGACAGCGGUGCUAGCCAAUCGCAAUCAGUCCUCUGAAGGGAGACUAGGGUGGAGUCUUCGGAUACUGCAGUUGCAGUUCUAAGAACAGAUAGAAUUGGCUAUGGAUAAUUCAUAUGAUUUCAAUCAACGAAGCUCCUGUAAUGGAAUUCCAUCUGAAAGGAUAAACAGUUUCCUUGUGUCAGAAGAUCAUGGACAAAAAAUCUUGAGUGUACUACAGAAUUUUAGAGAACAAAAUGUCUUUUAUGAUUUCAAAAUAAUCAUGAAAGAUGAAAUAAUCCCAUGUCAUCGGUGUGUGUUAGCAGCAUGCAGUGAUUUUUUCAGGGCUAUGUUUGAAGUAAACAUGAAAGAAAGAGAUGGUGGAAGUGUUACUAUUACUAAUUUGUCCUCCAAAGCAGUAAAAGCAUUUCUUGAUUAUGCCUAUACUGGAAAAACAAAGAUAACAGAUGAUAAUGUGGAAAUGUUCUUCCAGUUGUCAUCAUUUCUUCAAGUUUCCUUCCUAUCCAAAGCUUGCAGUGACUUUUUAAUAAAAAGUAUUAAUAUUGUCAAUUGUUUACAGUUGUUAUCCAUAUCAGAUAGCUAUGGCUCUACCCGUUUGUUUGAGCAUGCAUUAUACUUUGUGCAACAUCACUUUUCUUUGUUAUUUAAAUCCAGUGAUUUCUUAGAGAUGAAUUUUGGAAUACUGCAAAAAUGUCUGGAAUCGGAUGAAUUAAAUGUUCCUGAAGAAGAAACUGUACUGAAAGUUGUCCUCAGUUGGACUAAAUAUAAUUUGGAAUCAAGGCAAAAGCAUCUGCCUUAUUUGAUUAAAAAAGUAAGAUUGCAUCAGUUGUCUGAGGAGACACUUCAAGACUGUCUGCUCAAUGAAGAGAGUUUACUCAAAAGCACAAACUGUUUUGACAUAAUCAUGGAUGCAAUUAAGUGUGUGCAAGGUUCUGGUGGACUUUUCCCUGAUGCUCGACCAUCCACAACUGAAAAAUACAUAUUUGUUCAUAAAACUGAGGAAAAUGGAGAAAAUCAGUAUACAUUUUGCUAUAAUAUUAAAACUGAUUCAUGGAAAAUACUGCCACAAUCACACCUGAUUGAUUUGCCAGGAUCUAGUCUGUCAAGUUAUGGAGAGAAAAUAUUCUUGACAGGUGGUUGCAAAGGGUCAUGUUGUAGAACAGUUCGACUUCAUAUUGCAGAGUCAUAUCAUGAUGCCACAGAUCAAACCUGGUGCUACUGUCCAGUCAAAAAUGAUUUCUUCCUUGUAUCGACUAUGAAAACACCAAGAACCAUGCAUACGUCAGUGAUGGCUCUCAAUAGGUUAUUUGUCAUAGGUGGAAAGACUACAGGAUCUCAGGACAUUAAAAGUCUCUUAGAUGUUGAAUCUUACAACCCUCUUUCCAAAGAAUGGAUGUCUGUUAGCCCGUUACCCAGGGGCAUAUACUAUCCCGAAGCAAGUGCAUGCCAAAAUGUAAUUUAUGUUCUUGGCUCAGAAGUGGAGGUUACAGAUGCCUUCAACCCAUCGCUUGAUUGCUUUUUUAAAUACAAUGCUACAACUGAUCAGUGGUCUGAAUUAGUAGCAGAGUUUGGGCAGUUUUUUCAUGCAACACUAAUUAAAGCUGUCCCAGUAAACUGCACACUCUAUAUAUGUGACCUUUCCACCUAUAAGGUUUAUAGUUUUUGUCCAGAUACUUGUGUUUGGAAGGGUGAAGGAUCAUUUGAAUGUGCAGGCUUUAAUGCAGGUGCAGUAGGAAUUGAAGAUAAAAUUUAUAUACUAGGUGGUGAUUAUGCACCAGAUGAAAUCACAGAUGAGGUGCAGGUCUACCACAGCAGCAGGUCUGAGUGGGAGGAAGUUUCACCAAUGCCAAAAGCCUUAACUGAAUUCUAUUGCCAGGUGAUUCAGUUUAAUAAAUACAGGGACCCAUGGUUUUCUAAUAAUUUCUAAAAGUAGUGUGUGCCUAGACAUUCUAAAAUUCUUCCAGCUCUAGAAACCUACAGUGAAUUUGUUAAUAGUUGGUAAAAGGUCUUUACAUCUUAGUAAAAUAAAAUGUACCUUCUAUUAGAGAAUUACUGUGAAUAUAUACUAUAUAUGAAUUAGCAGUUCCAAGAAACUUAAAAUACAAAAUACAUUUUACCAAAAAUAUAUUGAACAUAAUUAAAUCUGGGAAGAUCCAGGAUACUUGGUAUUUUCGUAUGUAAAUAAAACUCAUAGGCUUUGAUGUUUUGAUUUUUAAAGUACUUUAUCCAUGAACAUGAAAGACAAGUAAAAAUAAGUACAAAGUUCACCGAUUUGUACUAUUUAGAUGGGAGAAGUCUCUUUAGGUAGUCAAAACGAAUUAUUUACACUCUGUAUUAAGUGAAAAAAUAAAUUAGAAAGAGGUGAUAAUCCUACUUUGUUACUACAGGUAUAAGAGUUGUUGAAUUCCUGUCCUUUCUGAUCAUUGAGUUUUUAAAUCCUUCUUUUCUUUCACCGCUGUUUGGUCAGAAAUUUUUCUGAAAUGCAGUGUAAUUUCCCAGCCUCCUAAACUGUACACUAAACAUGGCUUAACUUUUUUUGAUUCAACUCUUCAUUAAGAGUGUAAUAUACCAUGUUAUAAUUCCAUAAUGAUAUCAGUUACUGAAAUGCUUUUAACAUUGCUGAUUCUAUUAGUUCUCAGUAUUAGUUGGUUUCAAUUUUAGCAGUAUCUUGUCUCCUUAUUUUCUGCUCAAGCUUAGUAAAUUAACAUCCUUGAUUUAAUUACUAGUUCUAAGUAAUACCUGAGCUGAUUUUAUGUUAAUAUGUAACCCAUUGAAUGAAGUUCUUGGAUUCUGGAAUGGAAGUGCUAAAAUACUUUUUCUGUGUCAUUGCCAGGUUCCAAUAUAAUUGAGGAUGUAGAAAAUCUGACCUCUAGAUAAGUGGAUCAUUAUCGUUGCAUUUCUUAAUCUUUUAAAUGUCCAAAUUUGAGUUGCACUAAGGAAUUUCAGCAUUUAAAUGAGUACCAUAUCAGUUUUCUGUGAUAAUACAUACCAACUGUCAAGCACCAUGUUGGUUUACUACUUUAGUAAAUUAUUCAUAGUGAAUUAUUUUCUAAAUUUAAAACAAAUUACUGGGCUUUUGGUAGUAGUAUUAACAACUUACAUCUGUUGAGAUGUUUAAUCAUCUUUAACCCAAACAAUGGAAGAGUAGCAAUCAUCCUGUUCUCAGCUAGGACGAUUCUGCUUUGCAAGAGGAUAUGCUUUCUUUAAUCAGUUUAAAAGAUAUAAGCAUUUUAGGUUUUAAAACCCCUGGUUUUACAGCUCAGGUAAUGUGUAGAUUGGAUUUCUCUGGAAUCAAAUGUAGUUUCCUACACUCUAGUAAAUGUUCAUCUGUUGUAAAUGGACUUAUUCUUUAAAAGUAUGUUCCAAAGUGGAAAUAUUCCUAAGUGAAGGUUCUUUUACCAUAUAAAUGUAUGCCAUCUUAGGUUUCAAAUAUAUUUUUCAAAAUGGAACAAAUAUUAGACUACAUUAUCAUGCGAUUGCAAAAUCAGGGACUGUCCUUUAAUCAGAUGACAGUUGCAUAAAAGGUAUUCUGUAGAAUUGGUGGCCUUCCUCCCUACCUACUUUAGUUGUUUCUUCCCUUUCCUCUGUGUGUGUGUGUGUGUCUUUGAAAACACAUUAAGACCAUAACAUAGUGGGUGAACUAUACAUAUGUGGAUGUACUGAACUCUUAAUUUAAGCAGAUAUAAAUAAUUAAGAUAAAUAAUCGUUUUAAUCAUUGACUCUAUAAAUUGUUCAUCUCUUCCAGAAAAGAGAAACUAAAGCAAAUGGAAUCCCUUCCUGAUCUUGUUUCAUUACUGUAUCAUGUUGAUUUCUACCAUUCUUCUCAUUGGCUAUUGAUUUACGGUAAUGAUCUGGAAAUACCCUUGUUAUCAAGGCCUAACUGGCUUCCUCUGCAUUUGAUUUAAUAUACUUUCUAACGCACAAGGUUUUUGUCUUAGUUUCUACAAUUGUUGCAAUUACUUUUAAUUAUUUUCCCUUAUUAACCUGCAUUUCUGUCUGCAUCUGAGUGCUUUUCAUCUGUUAUAACUGCAAUAAAAGUAGUGUAGUCAUAAAUCCCCAAACUUUUCUUUUGUUUACUAUUUGGUUGGCACAAUAGCAAUCUGUGCUAGGCUUGGCUCUGUUAAUAAUUGAUCUUGUUCCCUCCAAUUUUGCAUCUUCUUAUAAAGGUAGAAUUUUCAUUUGAUCUAUCUGUCCUGGAUCAAAAUCCACAAGAACCCAACCACACACAUCGUCAAUGACUGAACUGGCUAUAUCUUUCUGAUCUUGCCAGUCACUGUGGCUUCACAGUCCAAGAACCACAUAUAUCAUUCUGGCCUCACCCUCCAUUCUGGAUCUCUGACAUGCAAGUCUCAGUACCCUCGGAGGAACUGUAAGGUUAGGGAAGAGGAAAUAAUAUAUCCCUUUAUCAAUGGCCCUUCCCGUAGUCUUUGUUUUCUUUAAAUUCUGCUUUCCUUUCAUUAUUGUGCUUUAGCCAACGCCACAGUGUAAAACAAAAUGAUUGUGCUCAUUACCCAGAUCACCUUCCUUCUUGUGGGAAAAUUCUGUUUAACAUUUCUAAUCCUUUAUCAUUUGUCUUACUCCACUACAUUUGGAUUAUGCACAUAAAAAACUCUAAUAGUGUAAUGUCUUCUAAAUUUGAAAGUAGGGAUAUGGCAUUAUUAAAAAUAAAAAGAUUAAAUUCAACAUUUAUAUGAAAUCAAUUCAAAGUUAAUGGACAUUCUUAGAGCAAUCUUCAAAUUUCGUUUAAAAUAUGGAGCGCUUUGUUCAUCUACUGCCUGUGUGACUGAGCAGUAUGUAGAAUAUUUGCAUAAUCAAAAUUAACUGCAUUCUCAUUAACACUCAAUUCUGCUUUGGGGAGGAAAAGAGGUCUUUAUCACAGCAGUAUUCAUUAUAUGCUACCCUUGAAAGCUAGAAUAUUUUGAGAGAGUGACCACAUCCUGCAGUGUGAUUCCAUUUUUCCGAGAUACCAAGAGCAAUUAAAUACGGGUCCAGGGUACCUAGCUCAAGGUAUACAAUUUGAAAAGCAGAAUCAGGUAUAGAGGAAAGCAUCUGUUUGCAUUUUGAGAUUUGGAAGCAAUAAAUACAAUGUAAUGAUUAUAUAUGUUGUUGAAUAUAUAGUGUUAAUUUUAGAUCAUCAUCCUCAGUUUAAUUGGAUGCAGUGUCUGGAAUUUCUUAUAUUUACAAUUGAAUGUGUAAGACUCAAAAAUGUCUUCCAAUAGGCAGCUCUAGAGGACAACCUAAAAACAAAGGCUGGAAUUUAUAGGGAAUAUUUCUGUUCAACGUAAGAAAUAACUUUAUUCCACUUUAUAAAGCCAUAUUUAGAAUAAGACAAGUUAUCACAGACUGUGACAUGUGGCAGAUGAUUAGCCCAAUAAAUUCCUACCGAGGAAUGAACAACCAAAGAUUUCUACAUUCUAUUUAUAUAUUUUUAUCUUACUAGUUCUCUGACAUGACUAAUGACUUUCUCCUCCAGUUUGUUUAGCAUUUUAGGCAUUCUGAGUAUCUUGAUUUCAAUGGUUUUGCAUAGUCAAGGUUUCAAUAGGACUUGAGCCUUAAAACUAUCAUUUCAAGAGCAUUCUUAUUGAAAUGAAUUUGUUCUUUUUCAUUUUUAAUUACUCAGGAAAAAGUCUACAUAAAUGGUGCUGGCAUUUAUAGUAAGCUGCUAAUAGGGAUUUUUCUUUCUGUCUACCAUAGGCACACAUUUGUUUUAUAGUAAAUAGAAACUGAAAGGCAAGUACCUAAAGUUUUCUCCUGAAUUACUGUUCUUAUUUCAUUGCAAAUGUAGCUAUAUAGCUAAAUGUAGUGAUUCUAGUUAAAGAUGGUGUGAUUUGAAAGAAUAUCUUUAUAUCUUAAAAAUCUAGAUGUAUUCAUAAGUAAAUUAUAUUUGAUGACACUGACGCUCAAUCAAAUUUAAUAUCUAAAUAGGGAAUUUAACCAGGAUGAUACUAUUACACACUUAUCAAAAGGUAACUUCUAAAUCAUAGACUCAGAUUCAGACUUGAAAAUAACCUUAGAAUCUAAUAUAGCUUUCAACCAGGUAUAGAAAGCCUCUCUAAAUUCUAAAACACCCUUAACAGAUGAUGUUUUUUUUCAAUUUCUAAUUCAGUGCUUCCAGGGGUAAGAAGCUCACUACCUCCAUUUUUGAACAGUUCUAUUAAAGUUCUUCCUAACAGUAACACCAAUUCUGCCCUCCUGUAAUGACCUCCAGCCCUUGGUCCUAGGUUGCCCUCUCCCCAAGUAUUUGAAACAGUAGAAUGUCUCCCAUUUCAAGACCUCCUUUUCCUUCUUGUUUAAAAGCUUAACACUGUAAAACCUGCCAUAAUGGCCGGAGUUACAUAUUUCUCCUUGUACGCUUGCCUCUAUUUUAGCUCUGUCACCUUUUUAGUGGAUUGCACCUGAUCAGCACUGCAGAGCCUCUUGAUAAUUUACGCAACUCAUUCCCUUAACCAGCUCUCUAGUUCCUACAAAUCCAAUUUGGGCUAAAGCCCUGCUGUCUCUCCUACCUCCAUCAACACAAUCACAAACACAUAUUUUCUGGGAAAGGAAUUCUAAAGCUAAAUUUUAGUAAGUCUUAGAAGCAUUUGUCAUUGGAUUUGAUUUUCAGAACUUUAAAAACCCUUCUAAAAAAGACUAAAAAGUAUACAAAAAAUAGAAACUAAGGCAGUUACAUCCUUGAUGGUUAAUGAGAGGACAAUUUGUUCACAGAUCAAUAAAUAUCAGCCUUACGGUAAUAAUCUAAGUCUGGAGAUUCAUCUGUGCUGUUAAGCCAGUUGGAUAGAGUAUAUUUCCAUAAAACAAUACCAUUAUUAAAUAACCCUAUGGGUCAGGAAGCCUUAUUCAUUUCAUUAACUUUGACAACAUUACCAACCAUAACUUUCUAACUAGCUCAACAAAUAUGCUUUUGGUUCCAAGGAUAACAAGGUUGCUGAAAUAACUCAAGAGUAGUACAUUUCUCUGAGUAUCACAUUGUGGUGUAAAUAUUUCUUUACAUGUCUGUCGUCUUCAUUUAAUUGAAAGCUCUUAGGAAUAGGGAUAUAUAUUCAUCAUUUCUGGACCUAGCAAUUAGCACAGUGCCUGCAUAUAAUAAGGCAUCCAAUAAACUGAUACUCUAUCGAGCCAGUAUGUGAAGCAAAGUAUGUUUAUUAUAGUUAUAUUGUUACUGAAUAGGUUCGAUAUAAUUGUACAUUUUGCAACUUAUUUUCAUCUACAAAGGAAAUUGUUUAGACUUACAUUAGGAUUUUAUAUUUUAGAAUGCUAUCGCAUUGUAUAACACUUUAGUAAUCUAUUAAUGUAUGUGUUAUUUCUUUUUGUAAUAAUCGAUACCUUUCUCAUGUUUAAAAUCUCUGAGAAAUUGGAUUAGUUAAUUUAUACAACUUCAUUUUUGUGAGUAUGUGGAAAAGUUAAUAAUGAAGCAUUUUCUAUUUGAGAAUGAAAUUGCAUUAUACAGUGCACUAUCCACCUGAGAACAUGUGUUGAUUUUAUAGUUGUAUAGUACAUGUGUGUAUAGUUGGUUCUUGAAAGUGAACUUGUAGUUUCAAAGUCAUUUACCCACCUAAUUUUUAGUACUUAGGAAUUAUUUGUUCUCAGAGAAUUUUAUUUAUAAUAUCUAAUUCUCUGUUUCCUUUCAAAGGCAGUAACAGAUAAGACAAUGACUGCAAGUUUCAUCAGUAGACAUGGAACCCCGUUUUUCGUACAAGAGCAUAAUAGCUUUAAUAACCUUUUCCCCACUUGGUGGGGUAGUGCUCAAAGCUACUUACAUUGCAUACACAAGUAAUUUACUUCAUUUCCCUAUUACUGGAAUGUGGGCUUUUGCCAUAUACUAUGAAACAUAAAAUCAGCAUUUUUGCAGGUCCAUGUUAAUGAUAUUGACAUGUAGUAAAACAUUUCAAUUCUACAAAAAAUUGUUAAUUUAUUAAAAUGUGUCUCAGAAAAUAAUGUAUUCUGUUUGUAUUUAUUAUCAUUAGAAAUAAAAGAGGUAG